GGUGUUGUUUAGAAAAGUACCGCGUAAACAGAUCCAGGCCAAAUAGCAUUUUGUUCUUGCUGCUGUAAGUUAUCGUUAUAAUUUUAAAAGGUUGUUUAACAGAGCCAUGUCUUGCAGAAGAGGGGCCUUAAUUGUUCUAGAAGGAGUUGACAGAGCAGGAAAAACCACACAAUGCCAAAAACUAGUGCAGGCGAUACAGCAGAGCGGACGGGCGGCAGAAAUUAUGCGAUUUCCAGACAGAACUACUAAGAUUGGACAACUCAUCAGUUCAUACCUGGAGAAGAAGAGCAAUCUGGAGGAUCACACCGUUCAUCUGCUGUUCUCUGCAAACCGAUGGGAAAUGGUGCCUGUGAUGAAACAGAAGUUGGAGGAAGGAAUUAAUCUAGUGGUGGAUCGCUAUGCAUUUUCAGGAGUGGCUUUUACUAGUGCCAAGCCUGGCUUUUCUCUGGAAUGGUGCAUGAAUCCAGAUGUGGGACUUCCAAAACCAGACCUGGUCAUGUUUUUACAGCUCAAUCCCAAUGUGGCUGCAAACCGCGGAGAAUACGGAAAUGAACGAUAUGAGACGAGUGCUUUCCAACGUACGGUUCAACAACGGUUUGAAGAGCUCAUGCAGGAUACCUCAAUCAACUGGAAGGUGAUUGAUGCUGCGAGGACCAUAGAAGAAGUCCACAAAGAUAUAAAAGACUUGAGUGAAAACAUCAUCAGUUUAGCUGAGGAACAGCCAGUUGGAGAGCUGUGGAGGUGAACUCAUCUCUGCUGAUGUUUUUAUAAACUUCAUCUUUUGUUUUUCUGUUAAUAAUAGAGAAACUUAAGAUUUUAUUUUAUUUUUUAAUGAUUAAAUAAAUAAUUCAUAAAAUAAA